AUCGAUGCUCUUCCAAUAGCCGGCACCGCUUGACUACUUUGGAGAGCGAGCUCGUGAGAUCUCCAGUGAAUCUCUCUCUCUCUCUCUCUCUCUUUCCCUCUCGCCGCCUAAAUGGAAGCUGAACGACGAGACGCAGAGUCUCUUGCCAUUCCUCUACUGCUCGAGGAGGAUGAGAAGAAACCGCAGAAGCUUGUUGAGAAGGAUACGGACGUAGAGGCGCAGCCAAUCGGCCACUACUCUGCCGCCGCCGGCACCACUUCUUUUUUCAAGACCUGUUUCAAUGGUCUCAACGCCUUGUCAGGAAUUGGGAUAUUGUCGACUCCACAUGCACUAUCGUCGGGAGGUUGGCUGAGCUUGAUCGUCCUCUUUCUCAUUGCCGCUGCAACUUUCUACACCGGCAUGCUUAUAAAAAGAUGUAUGGAUGCAGAUCCAAAUGUCAAAACUUAUCCCGACAUCGGCCAGCUAGCCUUUGGGAAAAAAGGGAGAUUAGUGGUGUCCGUUUUCAUGAACUUGGAACUGUACUUGGUUGCAACAGGUUUCCUCAUUCUAGAAGGAGACAAUUUAUAUAACCUGUUCCCAAUUGACGGAGUCGAAAUCGCAGGGUUUAGAAUCGAAGGGAAACAAGUAUUCGUCAUAGCUGUGGCUUUAAUUAUAUUGCCCACAGUUAUGUUAAAUGACAUGAGCAUGGUUUCUUACAUCUCUGCCACUGGAGUUUUAGCUUCUAUAAUCAUCCUUGGCUCAAUCUUGAUGGCCGGAACUUAUGACGGCAUAGGUUUUCAUGAGAAGGGAAGGCUUCUAGACUGGAACGGAAUCCCCACAGCUGUGAGUUUAUAUGCGUUUUGCUAUUGCGCGCAUCCAGUUUUUCCCACCCUGUACACUUCUAUGAAAGACAAGAGCAAAUUCUCCAAGGUAUUGCUACUAUGCUUUAUCUUUUGUACCAUCAUCUAUGCAUCGAUGGCUGUUUCUGGGUACCUUAUGUUUGGUUCGAAUGCCAACUCUCAGAUAACCUUGAACCUUCCUCUCAAUAGAAUAAGCUCCAAAGUGGCGAUCUACACUACUCUAAUCAAUCCCAUCGCUAAAUACGCACUGAUGGUAACGCCAAUUGUUAAUGCUAUCGAGGAUCGACUUGCAGACAGCAUUAGAAAAUCAGCAGGCCCUGUGAUCAGAACCAGCUUGGUGAUCAGCACUAUGAUUGUAGCUUUGGCCAUCCCAUUUUUCGGGUCUCUAAUGUCACUCGUGGGAGCAUUUUUAAGCCUGACUGCUGCGGUGAUACUUCCAUGCUUGUGUUACUUGAAGGUUUCGGGUACUUAUCGGAUAUUCAGGUUGAAAUUGGUUGUCAUAGCGGGUAUAUUGUUAGUUGGCAUCUUGGUUGCAAUUAUUGGUACAUACACAUCACUUGCAGAAAUAAUAGGACAUUUGUGAAUAGUAGAUCUCUUAUUCUUUCUUGUCUACUACUGAAUUGAGCUGUUGUAGCCUAUGUAAUCUGCAUGUAAUUCAUCCAAAUGUUGGGAAAAGGGGAGUCUAUAAACCUCUCAUAGGAUUUUAACCAGUCUAGAGUCGUUCAAAUGUAAGCUCAAAAUGGCAUCGGAACAUACAAUGGAAUCUUCUUGACUUCUUCCCACAGGAUUGGAGAUUUAAAGCGCUUCUCUUCCACGGCAAACACGUGCAGAUUGAAUACACAUGUUUCCUCAAACCAUCUUAUCAAUCUAAACAUAAAUCAACAAAUACAAUAUCUACCCAUAAGUUACUUUA